CCCGUGGACAAUGGCAGCCACGAUCCAGGCCAUGGAGCGGAAGAUCGAAUCCCAGGCCGCCCGCUUGCUUUCCCUGGAAGGCCGGACCGGGAUGGCCGAGAAGAAGCUGGCCGACUGCGAGAAGACGGCCGUGGAGUUCGGGAACCAGCUGGAGGGCAAGUGGGCCGUGCUGGGGACGCUGCUGCAGGAGUACGGGCUGCUGCAGCGCCGGCUAGAGAACAUGGAGAACCUGCUGAGGAACAGGAACUUCUGGAUCCUGCGGCUGCCCCCCGGCAGCAAGGGGGAGACCCCCAAGGAGUGGGGCAAGCUGGACGAGUGGCAGAAGGAGCUGUACAAGCACGUGAUGCGCGGCAACUACGAGACGCUGGUCUCCCUGGAUUACGCCAUCUCCAAGCCCGAGGUCCUCUCCCAGACUGAACUCGGCAAGGAGCCAUGCAGCUGGCGCCGUGCCGGCCCCAAGAUUCCAGACGUUCCCGCGGACCCGAGUCCAGGCUCGGGGGCCCCGGUUCCCGCCCCUGACCUCUUAAUGCAGAUCAAGCAGGAGGGCGAGCUCCAGCUUCAGGAGCAGCAGGCGCUGGGGGUCGAGGCGUGGGCAGCCGGCCAGCCGGACAUCGGGGAGGAGCCGUGGGGUCUCAGCCAGCUGGACUCCGGAGCAGGCGAGGUCUCCACAGACGCUGCCUCUGGUGUCCCCGCCAGCUUUUCGACCACCAUCGCGCCCGCUUCCUGGCAGGCCGGCCUCCCUCCCCACCACCCUUCCUCGGCGUGCUCGGAGGGGGCCCUGAAGCUCAGCACGGCAGCGGCCUCCACCGAAGAUGUAAAAAUCGUGAUCAAAACAGAAGUCCAGGAAGAAGAGGUGGUGGCCACCCCGGUGCAUCCUACCGACCUGGAGGCCCACGGGACCCUGUUUGGACCAGGCCAGGCCACGCGGUUCUUCCCUAGUCCCGUGCAGGAGGGCGCCUGGGAGAGCCAGGGCGGCUCCUUCCCCAGCCAGGACCCGGUGCUGGGGCUGCGCGAUCCCGCCCGGCCCGAGAGGGACAUGGGCGAGCUCAGCCCAGCGGUGGCUCAGGACGAGACCCCCCCGGGGGACUGGCUCUUGGGGGGCGUCCGGUGGGGCUGGAAUUUCAGGUGCAAACCUCCAGUGGGCCUGAACCCAAGGACUGGGCCCGAGGCGCUGCCCUACUCGUCUUCUGACAGUGGGGAGGCCGUGCUGGACCCCAGCCAGGCGGCCAGGCCCUUCCAGGACCCCUGCAAAUACCCAAGCCGGACCAAAGGCUUCGGCCCCAAGCCGGGCCUGAAGAAGCACCCCGCAGCCCCGCCCAGCGGCCGCCCCUUCACGUGCGCCGCGUGCGGGAAGAGCUUCCAGCUGCAGGUCAGCCUGAGCGCGCACCAGCGCAGCUGCGGGCAGCCGGACGGUGGGCUGGUCCCCCGCACAGUCCAGGGUGUGGAGACACCCACCACCACCACCCGGGCACCCCACGUGCGGCCAGGGCCCGUGGAGCCCCAGGCCCAGUCCACAGUAAUUGAUCCCGUGCAUGCGUUCCGCAUAGUUAUCAAGCGCCCACUAAAUGCCAGCCCGGACACCCGGGACGCGCAUUAUCAGGUGAAGAAAUGA